AUGGGUAUCUCUGACAAUAAAGAAAACACAAAACCUUCUCCUGCUACUCCACUUCCAUCUUCUGAUGAGAAACUGAAUGAUCUCCAGAAAGAGAUUCACCAGAUGUCUGUUGAGAGAGAGACUUUCAAGCUUGAGAUGAUGAGUGCAGAGGCUAUGAUCAGUAUUCUCCAGUCUAGGAUCGAUGCAUUGUUUUUUCCUGAUGGUUCUACAUCUUUUGAGGAGAUACAAAGGGUUGCUCCAUUGUCAUAUAUUAUCGUCUAA